AUGGACGGCGAUGGACUGCGAUGGACGGCGCUGCGCUUACGGGCAAGCGUGAGCAGCUUUCCAGGGCUACCCACUCGACGCCUGAGCCAGUCCGGCGCAGCGGCCGCCGCGGGCGACAAGGCUUGCGCGGCCCCGCUCGCCUACCACCUGGUGGUGGAGCUGUCCCUCUUGGGGAACACCAGGUACCGCCAGGGCGAGCUCCAGAGCGCCAUCGGGUGCUACGAGGAGGCCAUCGAGCUCUGCACCGGCCUCUGCUGCUGCGCGCAGGGGGCCGACGGCCUUCCGGGGGACAGCGGCCCGGGCGAGACGUUCACAGCGGAGAGCCAGCGCAAUAACUUGGUGCGGCUGCGGUACAACCUCGCCAGGGCCUUGCACAGGACCGACAGGUGGUCCGAGGCGCGGGAUCAGGCCACGAAGGUCCUCCAGCUGGACCCCGUGUACGGGAACGCGUACGCGCUCCGGGCCCAGGCGGCCAUGGCUUCCUGGGACCCCGCCGCCCCGUCCACGCGCUUGCUGUCGCCGCCGCCGGCUCAGGUUGACCUUGAGGGCUGGCGCACGGAGCAGGGCCAGGGCCUGGGCCAGCCGCGAUGGCUGCCAGCCACGGUGGUCGGCGAGGGCCGCGAAGGCGAGCACCGGCAGGUGCUCGGCGGCGCGGGCUUCGGCCCGCGCGUACUGCGCGCGACGCGCGGGUGCCAGCCGCGGCGGGCGUCGACGGCGCCCGGCAGCAGCAGGACAUUUGUUGUGUUUGACCUCAGGGCCAACAAGAACCGGCCCCAGUGCAGGCGAGAAGCUUGUAAGUGGGCACUGUGUGCCGCCGCGGCUGCGGCCGCGGUGUGCUGGGCCUCCGCCGCCUUCGUGCUUCCGAGCGGCGCGGCCACCCGCGCAGGAGCCGCCGCCUGA